AUGACCAAGGCGAGAGAAUCCUACGAAUCUGCGAGCCGCGCGAUUGCCCGGUAUAUCGCUGCCGUGUAUUCUGACCACGGAAACCCGUUAAUGCCGGAUAUCUCCGAUGCAGAGGCCAUGGCUUCAUUUGAAGAAGCUGCCUCGAUGGAGGUUUGUUAUUUCUCCACUACAGCGUGGAAGUACUGCGGGGAUAUCAUCAUCAAACCGAUACUGGGUAUACCCAGAGUAGAGGAAAAGGCAUUGCAAGAUAUUUGGAAUGAGUUAAAUGGCGCCCUGAAGGCUAUGGACGGGAUAUUGUCUGGCCGUGGUUAUCUCGGUGGCAAAGAAUUCACCCUGGUCGACAUCUGGACCAUGCCUUGGGUGUCUCAGCUGAUUGAUUUGAAGGGACUUGACAUAUUCUUCGCUGAGUUGCCGCAUCUGCGAAACUGGUGGGAGAGAGAUACCCAACGAAUCACCCGAGGCGGGCACCGAAAGCGCAACGAAUACGCUCUGGUCGCCUGUAUGCUAUGCAAGUCUCGAAAGGUUAAAUGUGACGGCCAAUGGCCCUGCCAACGCUGUACCAAACGAGGCGUCGAGUGUUUCUACCCACGUCGCGGCAACAUACCCAGCAUGAGCCCCAUGCCCACAGAAACAAGCUUAGAGAUGCAAUACUCCCCAUCAACUGAGGAUGGAGCCACGCCUCGUAUGUCGGCCACUUCCGGGACCGCUGCCUUGAAUGAAACACCUCAUGUACCUGCGCAGACCGGUAAUAAUCUAGGCGCCUCUCUACAGAGUCCUGCAGCUACCGACAGAUCACCCACGGCCCGACGUUCAAGUUUUGUUGAGACUUUCAGCUUAGCAAGGUCAUGCCUUGAAGCUAAUGGCAUCGUCGAUGAAGCCGAGAAGGACGUCCAAAGUUCACCGAGCAAACCAUGUUUGACUCUAGAACAAUGCCUUGCUUCGGCGAGUGAAGACUGCUUGGAAUCGGUUCUAGACCUCGGCUACGAAAGAGCGCGACAAGUCUUCAUUAAAUUUGCGGAGAGCAUUUAUCCGAUUUACCCGUGUGUUGAUAUCCAAUCGACAGAACAGGUCUUGGAUGCAGUCUUUAGGCGUUCAGCGGGUCUUACAUCACCGCCUGCUUCGACCACCCUGACUAAGAUAGAUAUUCUCAAAGCUCUUUUGGGACUCACCCUCCUUAUUGAGGAUGAUAUGACAAGCCCUCUGGCACGGCACCUUCAACGCUAUGUCGAUUGGUCAGUGGAGAAGGUCGUUAUGGGCAGAGACCCUACUAUUGACGAUGUUACCAUGGCUGCCCUAAUGAGCCUAUAUUUCUUCCACAAAUCCGAACAUACGAAGGCGUGGCGACUCACCAGUCUAGCGUCGAGAAUAUGUUUCGAACUUUGUCUUCAUCAAGCUCCAGAGGAAGCGCAGAAGGCUGUUGAAAUUUCUGGUUCGUUCUCUCCACGAAUGUUAUUCUGCUGUGUAUACGUACUAGACCGGACGUUUUCUUUCGCAACGGACCUUCCCCAUACCACCAAGGACGAAGACAUAGACGAAAGGUGCUUUGAUCUUGGUAUCUCGUCUCCAUUCCUAGUCGUGAACAUGGAAUAUACGCGCCUCAAUUCGGAGAUACUAGGACUGUUGAAGUCUUCGACCAAGAGCGCUGCAGAAAGUCGACAACAAAAGGAGUACCUUGAUUACAAGAUACAACGGCUACGCGAUCAAUUCCGGGACCUUACGGCAGCCUCACGAUCUACAACCCUACCUAGCAACCCUUGGGAUCCCCUCCAGAACGAAGUUCUUAUGAAUGACUUGGAAACCUUUCUAGAGAUACGGAUCUGUCACUCUCGAAUACUACUACGAAAGCCUCUCCUCCGCUCGUACAAAGGCGAUCGCGAGAAGACAGCAGCCGCGGCAGUCUGUAUGCAAUGCGCCAAAGCCACCAUAUUUCUGUGCUCCGGCGUGAUCAACAAGGCGGUCCCGUUAAAGUGUCUUCGAAGCUCAUACGAAUACUUUACCGUGUCGUCACUGGCUAUAAUCCUGCUGGUCGUUUCUCAAGACCCAGAAACCUACGGGCCAGAGAGCAGAGACGCAUUUCAAGAAGCGAUCAGGAUACUUCAAGUAUCCAAGUGUCGAAACUUUGCUUGUGGGAAUUUGUCCUUUACUUUUGAGCAACUCCUCCGGAUCGGGGAGCGACUUCACAUGCCGAAAGAUAGCAAUACGCCGAUAUUACAAGACUUUGGAGAUAUUGACAUGGGGCAGCUGUUGGAUGAUUCACAAUGUGCUCGAUCAGGCGAUCUGCAGACUCUGGGUGACAAUAUCUUCGGGCUAUUUGGGAUGAACGGAAACUGGCCUGCCAAUAAUAGCUACUUCUGA